AUGCUCACCGAUGCAUUGGUUGUCGCCAAACCAGGCGCACCCUUUGUCUACCAGCAAAUCGAGCUCAAUGACAAACUCCGGCCAGAUGAAGUCUUGGUGCGCAUAAAAGCCACUGGCGUCUGCCACACGGAUUUGAACUUCGCCAAAGAGAAAUCAAUGCCGGAGCUCUUCCCCGCUGUUCUUGGACACGAGGGAGCUGGGAUUGUCGAACGAGUUGGCACGGAAGUGACCAAGGUCGCUCGCGGUGACCAUGUCAUUGUUUGCUUUACGUGCUGUGGAGAGUGUAAAUACUGUCUACGCAAGGAAACGCCAUACUGUGAUUUGUGGUUUCAGUAUAAUUUUGGCAUCGGCAGGUUAGAUGGAUCCAAGGCUUUUUCUUCGAGGGAAGACGGUCGGAGGAUCACGUCGCAUUUCUUCGGGCAGAGCAGUUUUGCCAAGAAGAUCUUGGUGGCCGAGAACGGGUUGGUCAAGGUUGAUGAUCAUAUACCGUUCGAGAGACUGGCGCCGUUGGGUUGUGGUGUAAUGACGGGAGCUGGAGCAAUGCUCAACGUGGUCGUGCCCACCUCAGAUAUGGCAGUGGUGGUGGUUGGAGCUGGUGCCGUCGGGUUAUCGGCGAUCAUGGCGUUGAAACUCCUGGAACAUCCCCCGAGAAAAAUCAUUGCAGUCGACAUCGUCUCAUCCAGACUGGAACUCGCUCGAUCGUUCGGCGCCACGCAUGGUGUUAAUUCCAAGGUCCGCCCUGACCUUAUGAAGGUCUUGAUGGACAUCACGCGGGGAAGAGGCGUGGAUGGUGCCAUCGACACCACAGGAAAACCUGAUGUCAUUAAAGCUCUAAUACAUAGUGCAGCGAGGAAGGGAAAAGUGGUUACUGUUGGAGUGGGUGAUCUAUCAGCAGAGGCGUCGCACAACAUGUUUGAAAUGGUCAAUGCAGGAUGUAGUUAUAUCGGCUGUAACCAGGGAGAUUGCUUUCCACAAGAAUUUCUUCCCGAUUUGCUGACGGCAAACCAACUGGGGAAAUUCCCUUACGACCAACUGAUUAAGACCUACCCGGCGCGAGAUAUCGAAAAGGCGGCGCAUGAUAUACAUACAGGGAAAACUGUCAAAGCGGUGCUGCUAUGGGAUUGA